AUAACUGGAAGCUUGAAAGCCCUCCAAAAAAGCAACUGCCCCCGGAAGACCCGAGCUCCUUUCCAGUUCUGUACUUUGGCAAGUAGUUGGUGGCCUCUUACUUGGUUGGGAUGCCUUUCGGGUGCUUUGGGGGCCCAGCGCCAGACGUUGAGGGUCUGCAGCGCGCGCAGGAUCAAGCAGCGCAGGCACAAAAGGAGGCUGCAGAAUUUAAACGACGCUAUGAGGAUGUAUCCAGGCAAUUGACAUCGUUGCAAGCCGAGGCGGGCAAAUCAGAGGCCGAGCUGAAGCGCGAAGCAGAGCGCGCCCGACAGGCGCUGGAUGAUGCUGAAAAAAAGCUAGCAGCAGCGAAGGGAGAGGCCGACGUGGCCCUGAAGCAGGCCGAAACAGUCUCUCGCUCCGCGACCGAACUGAUUCAGCUGCAGCAGGAGCUCACAGGCGCCAAGGCUGCGGCCGAGCAGCAUAAGGCGGCGGCCGAGGCCGCGGAGGCUCAGGUGAAAGCGCUGAACGUCUCCCUUGCAGCCGCGAGUGCCGAGGCCACGGCCGCGCGCAAGCAGGCGGAGGCUGCACGCGCUGCGGCUAAUGCGGCACAAGAGGAGGUAGCUGCCGCGCGUGCCGAGGCCGCUCGCGCUGCUGAGGAGCUCGCCGCUGCCAGCUCUGACUCCGCCAAGACCGCAGCAGAGGCCACGCGUGCGGCGCAGGCCGCCGCCGCUGCCAGCAUUGCGGCCGCGGCGGAGCAGGCGGAGAAGGCCGCCGCAGCCAACCGCGCCCAGCUGGACGCGUUGCAGGCAGAGGUGGAGGCGCAGCGGGUGCGGGUGGAGGCGGCGGAGAAGGAGGCGCGCGAGGUGGUGGCGGCGAAGCAGCAGGUGCGCGACGUCAGCGCGCAGCGCACCGCGGCGCUGGCGGAGCUGACCGCCGUCAAGGAGCUCAAGCGGGACGUGGUGGCCCAGCUGGCGGACGCACAGAAGGAGCUGGAGCACGCCAAGGCGGCGACGGCGGCGGUGGAAGAGGCGCGCGCCGCACUGGCCGAGCAGCUUGAGGCGGCGGCAGCGGAGAGGGCGGCGGCAGAGGCACGCGCGGCGGAGCUGGAGGAGCAGCUGGCGGAGGCGCUGGCGGAGGCGGAGGAGGCCAAGGCCGCGGCCGAGGAAGCCGCGGCCACGGCAGCCGCGGCGGCGACUGUGGCCGCGCGGGCGUCCGCGGGCGGGGCCGGGCAUGCAACAGCCGCGCCGCCGGAGGUGGCGGCGGCGCGCAGCGCAGGCGAGGCCGCGACCUCGCGGUCAGCGGGUGGUGCGCCGGAGGCUCCGACGGCGCCGUCGGCGUCGGGCAAGCAGUCUGCGGCGCAAUUGGAGGCGCUGGGCGCCAAGGCGCUGGCGGCGCAGCUGCUGGCGGCGCGGGCGGAGGCGGCGGACCUGCGCAAGGAGCUUGAGCGCACCAUCGUGACGCAGGCGGAGGGGCUGGACGCGGUGGCGGCGGAGAAUGAGCAGCUCAAGGGCAGUGUGGAGGAGCUGCAGGCGGCGCUGGAGGCGGCAGAGGCGCGCAACAACGAGCUCCAGAUCGCGCUGACGCUCAAGGAGCAGCUGAGUGCGCAGCUGGGCAGCACGCAGUACGCUCUGGAGGAGGCGCGCAGCGGCAUCGAGGGGCUGAGGCAGGAGAUGCAGAUGCUGCAGGAGGAGCGGCUGGCUCUGCAGGCGCGCGAGGAGGAGGCGCGCGAGGUGCUGGAGGACGUGCGGCGGAAGCUGGCGGACGCACAGCGGCAGACCAUCAAGUUCGUGGAGAGCGAUGCGCUGCAGAAGGUGGAGCUCACAAAGCUGCGUGCUGAGCUGGCCUCCCACGGCGCACUGAGCGACUCCAACUACGACAUCACAGCCAAGCUGCUGUCAGACAACCAGGCGCUUAAGGACGAGAACGGGCGGCUGCGCGGCGAGCUGCGCAACAAGGACGACGUCAUGGCGCUGCUGCAGGAGCAGCUGGCCAGCAGCGUGGGCGAGAUAGACCUGGACUCCAUGCUCAAGCAGAUUGACAACGUGCAGGCGCGCACCGCGGCGGCAGCGGCGGGGCGCCGCGGCACAAGCAGCGUAUCGGCCUCGCCCGCGCCGGCGGCGGCGACGAACGGCACACCUCACUGAGCGUUGGGCUGGGUUGGAUGGCGUCCGUUGGCCGGGUUGAGUUGUGAAACCUAUUAUCACGAAUUGAGUCGGACGGCAGAGAUGUUUCGCUGAAAGCUGGUCAGGCAGAGGUGUGGGGUUGGGCGGUAGCGUACAAGAACGCGGGCUAUAGAGUGAGGGACCCCGCAGGGAGCGUAGGUUAGCUGUGAUAGAGCUGAGGGUAGCGUUAGCCAGUAUGUGUGCUGCGUCUUCGGGAUCUGAGAACAGAAUUAAGCCCGACGCGGGCCCAGUCCUGGUCCUUACUGUUGUCGCUAGCUGUCGACAGAGAUGAACGUCUGGGCGCACAUGGCGCCGCAGUGCGUUAGCUAAUGCGCUUGUGUAUGUUUAAAAAGGACAACGACAGCCCGCCCGAUGACGGCGCUGGAGUAAUUUCCGCGCGUGUGUGUAUGUGUGUGUGUGUGUGUGUGUGCGUGUGUGUGUAUUCGCAUGCGAGGGUGGCCGGGCGGGAGCUGAUUUACGCGUGUGUGGCUCGUGCUGAAGAUUGCAUACGGUGUAUGCGAGUACACGCGAUAGUACGGGACGGGGCGUCUCUGCAUGGUGCAUUGGUGAUACCGGCAACGGAAAAGACUCGCAUUGGGCGUUGGCUAACUCAGGCAGCUGCAGUCUUGUGAGUUGAAGCAGAGAACUGGACAGGGCAAGGGAUGGUGACGUAUGUUGGAGCAUCAGUCAUGGAAACAAGCCCAAAAUGGCAGUCAGACGUUUUGCAGUCGCACUACGGACCGGGCGUUUGGACCUGCUUUUGGACUGCGUUACACGGCUAGCAGGCAUGCGCCUCAAAUAGUAACGAAUGCA